CGUCACAUCAUUUAAUUUAGCAUGAAACUGGAUGAAAUGGAUUUAGGAAAGAAAGGAACGUGUUUGAUWAUCAAUGCAGAUGAUUUUGGCUAUUGCAGUCAAAGAAAUAGAGGAAUAGUUGAGGCAUUUUGCAAUGGUGUYGUGUCUAGUGUGUCUCUUCUUGUUAAUGGAUCAAGUUCAUUAGAGGCUAUAGGAUUUGCCUGUGAACAUAAUAUUCCAAUGGGUUUACACCUCAAUUUGACUGAAGGACAUCCAAUGGGAAAGGAUCAUGAGACUUUGAUUGAUAGCAAAGGAUAUUUUAAGGGGAAGAUGGGAUUUAGAGAUGCUCUACGCUCAGAUCAGGAAAAUCACUUAUUAUCGAAACWAUGGAUAGAGUUUAUGGUACACCCAGGAUACAGAAGUAUUAAGGGGACUGGAGGAUGUGGUGAAGGGCCAGAUGAGUUUGCCUUAUCCAAGGACAGGGAACAUGAGCUGAAAAUCCUAACUAGUCAAGAACUUAAGAACUUUUUGAAGAGGGAAGGUAUUAUUUUGAAGUCAUUCAACAAUAUCCAAACAURAAUAUUUUUUCUGAAUCAAAAAAUGAAUUUUUUAUUUGCAAGACAAUCAAUCAAGAAUAAAACCAAUAAACUCGAUUGAUUUUAGGGGUACAUUUCAUUAUU